AUGAAAUAAUUUUGGAUUUGAAGCUUUAGACGUCCCGCCUAUCUGCGGCAGAAAGGAAGGGACCAUCCGCGUUGAUCUUACGCUCGGUAAUCCCUAAUUCCAAAACCCUAUCUUUCUCUCUCCAUCUUUCUCCCUCUUCAUUCCCAAUUUCGAAUCCGGAUCCUUCGCUUUCAAUCGGCCGCACCGCCCACUUCCUUCUUCUUCUUCUUCGCACUCUCUUCUGUUUUCCAGCUGAGCUCCCAACGAAAUGAGGAAAGGUACUAAGAGGAAGGCAACUCGGAAGGAAGACCAUAAACCCGCUCAACCUAAGCCCAAAGAAGUUCCUUCUCGAACCAAGCGGAUCAAGGUCCCCAAACCCGAAUCCGAACCCGAGUACUUCGAGGACCAGCGCAACUUGGAAGAUCUGUGGAAAGCAGCAUUUCCUGUUGGGACAGAGUGGGAUCAAUUGGACUCGGUUUAUCAAUUUAACUGGAAUUUCUCAAAUUUAGAAGAUGCAUUUGAAGAGGGAGGAAAGUUGUACGGUGAGAAAGUUUAUCUUUUCGGCUGUACAGAGCCUCAAUUGGUUCCUUACAAGGGUGAAAAUAAAGUUACAGUCAUACCUGCUGUGGUGGCUGUUGUAUCUCCUUUCCCACCUUCUGAUAAAAUUGGCAUCAACUCUGUUCAAAGAGAGGCUGAAGAGAUAGUACCCAUGAAACAAAUGAAGAUGGACUGGGUUCCUUAUAUUCCUCUGGAGAAAAGAGAUAGCCAAGUCGAUAAGUUGAAAUCUCAAAUAUUCAUCCUCAGUUGCACUCAGAGAAGAGCUGCUUUGAAGCAUUUGAAAAUAGAUCGUGUCAAGAAAUACGAGUAUUGCUUACCCUAUUUCUACCAGCCAUUUAAGGAAGAUGAAAUUGAACAAAGCACUGAGGUUCCAAUUAUUUUUCCAAUCGACCCGAAACCAGUUUUCUGUGAGUUUGAUUGGGAAUUAGAUGAACUCGAGGAGUUCACGGAUAAGUUGAUUGAGGAGGAAGAGUUGCCAGAAAAUCAAAAGGAUGCUUUCAAGGCUUUCGUGAAGGAGAAAGUAAGAGAGGCCAAAAAAGCUAAUAGGGAGGCUAGGGAAGCACGUAAAAAGGCGAUCGAGGAAAUGAGCAAAGAAACUAAAGAAGCAUUCGAGAAGAUGAAAUUUUACAAGUUUUACCCUGUACAAACAUCCGAUACACCCGACAUAUCCAAUGUCAAGGCUUCAUUUAUUAAUAGGUACUAUGGAAAGGCUCACGAAGUUCUGUGAUCUCAAACCACGGCUGUCUCGAGAUAGAAAUUUAUAUGAAGCUCCUUUCUGGUCCAAAUUUUGCUCAACAUGUAAAGGUACAGCUUCUGUUGAAUCCCGAAAAUGGUGACGCCAAUGCCUUUCAACUGAUUUCAUCAAUCGAGCGAGAAAAAUGACGGGAUCUAGAAAGAACAGUAGCCUUCAAAAUCUGUAGAAGAUAGCCUGCUGUAUUAUUUAGGGUCAUGCUUUUGUUCUUCAAUCGUUUUUUUCUUUUUCUUUUUUGUUCCUUCUUUUUCUAAACUUCUUUUCAUUAGCAAACAAAAGGGCAUAGAACCUCACUUACUCUUAGUUGGAAUAUGUCGAUGUAGUUGUGUUAAUUAUUUCAUCUCGUCAGUUUUGUUUGUGUAACCAUAGUUGAGUUCUUCAUCCUCCAAGAACAAAUUAUGUUACCUGUUUCAUUGUGCUUGAAAUGUCAUUACACAUUUUUCGGUUUCGAAA